AUGACGACUGUACCUGGCGUCGGUCGCUUCAACCAAUACGUCAAGUACGACUUUGCGAAAUGGACAAGCUUCCCCCUGGGCCUCUCAAUUAGUAAUUACGGCAUCACGGCUGAUCCUGACGACGACGAACAUCCUUUUGACCAGUACUAUGGACCCAAUAAUGUGAUCCUCAAACGAGGUCGCCCGUUACAACUCAGGGUCCCUGGAGGGCAGACCAAGUCGCCGGUUCAAGGCGCCGAAUUCACUACCGCUUACGAUGAUAUCCUUUAUGCUUCUGUCCGUACGGUAGCCAAGGUCAGCUCAGUGCCUGGAACAUGCCAUGGUUUCUUUUUCUACAAGUCCGACACCCAAGAAACGGAUAUCGAGAUCCGCACGUCCUAUCCCGACCAGAUCUUCCUUACCAACCAAAAGUCUUCGCGUACUGCUGCAGCAUCAACUUUCGAGACAGAGCCACCUUGUGAUAUGACUGCUGGCUUCCAUGAGUAUAGAUUUGAUUGGCUGAAGGGUGUCACGAAGUUCUACGUUGAUGGGGAGUACGUUGGUUCGAUGAAGAAGAAUGUGCCUACGGUGCCUGGCAGUAUGGUUUGGAACAAUUGGGCAAAUGGUGGCAGUUGGAGCGGUGGACCACCACAAAGAGAUAAUGUUCUCGAGAUCCAGAGCAUUGAGAUGUACUACAACAGGACGAGUAUAGUCGGGGUUGAUUGUAAAUAG